AUGAGCUCUCCGAGCUCUGCUGGCCACUUCGCAAACCUGGACUUUGAGGCUCGCGUCCCCGUCCCCUUCAGCAUCUUCCCAUCGACAUAUCGGGAAAGCGAAUCCCACACCCAGACCGUCACCGAAACCCACGAAGAGGUUGAGAUCAAACCCCAACAGCCACAAGCCGGACGGGAAGGUCAAUACUCUUCUGUCUCCGUCACCGCCGAACAGGUUCCUCCCCGCGAAGAACGGUACAGCGAAGAAGAGGUCCGUAUUACGCGUGAAGAAGAACGUUACCGCCGUCCCGGUGUCCAGAAAUUCGAGCAAGAGCAGUUUACUAUCCGCGAAGAGCACCGACGACCUGAACCUCCUUCCGAAUACACUACUUCUCACGUUCACGUAGAGACCGACACCCACCGUCAUCCCUACUACUCCACCCCCAUUGACCUUGCUGAGCGAGAAUACCGCCAGCGCUACCGCCCCAGCACCGCCUUUUCCACUGUAGACCCUCCUUCUCGUCCUCAGUACCAAACACAAGACACCUUCCAGGUCUCCAACUACACCGUCGAAGGCCGUCCCGCUCCCCAAUACCACUCCUCCGAGAAGACUGAGAUCAACAACUUUACUGUUGAAGGACGCUCCUCUCACCCCCAAUACCACGAGAAGACCACCGAGAUCAACAACUUCACCGUUGACGCUCGAUCUUCCCGACCUCAAUACCACUCCGCUGAGAAGACUGAAAUCAACAACUUUACUGUUGACGCCGGAUCCUCUCGCCCCCAGUACAACACCACCGAGAAGACUGAAAUCAACAACUUCACCGUUGACGGACGAUCUUCCCGACCCCAGUACAACUGUACCGAGAAGACCGAGAUCAACAACUUCACUGUUGAUACCCCUUCUUCCCGCCCCCAGUACAACACCGCCAAGUCUACCCACGUCAACGAGUUCACCGUUGACACCCCUGUCUCUCGUCCCUCAUACAAGAAGGACGUGAAGUUCGCCGAAGAAACCGUUGAGACUACCAAGGUUACCAAAGACAACAAAUCCAAGAUGGGUUACUACGACGAGGACGCAGGUCACUACCACUCCUUCCGCUCCGGCCUUCACAAGCUGGGCGACCGCAUCGCCCACCCCGGACGCCGUGAGGUCGAGUGCGAGGCCCCCCGCCCCCGUCCCGGUGACUCUGCCGAGGCUUACCUCCCCAACACCGUGACCAUCCCCUGCCACCACGUCCGCCUGGGCGACUUCCUCGUCCUCCAGGGCCGCCCCUGCCAGGUCAUCCGCAUUUCCACCUCCUCUGCCACCGGCCAGUACCGCUACCUUGGUGUCGACCUCUUCACCAAGCAGCUCCACGAGGAGUCCUCUUUCGUCUCCAACCCCGCCCCCAGCGUUGUCGUUCAGACCAUGCUCGGCCCUGUCUUCAAGCAGUACCGUGUCCUCGACAUGCAGGAGGGCCAGAUCGUCGCCAUGACCGAGACCGGCGACGUCAAGCAGGGUCUCCCCGUCAUUGACCAGUCCAACCUCUACGCCCGUCUCAGCCAGGCUUUCGAGUCCGGCCGCGGCUCCGUCCGUGUCCUCGUCCUCAACGACGGUGGCCGCGAGCUCGCUGUCGACAUGAAGGUCAUCCACGGCUCCCGCCUGUAA